GUUUGCUUAUCAUCUGAUGGAAUCCUUUGUUGGUGGCACUUUUUUGAGUUCCUUGCAUGGUCUACCGUUGGUUCUAGCGAUCCAGAUUUGCUAACAUUGACAACAAGUGUACCAAACUAUAUCAGUAAAACCUUUUACAUGUUGUUUCUUAUUGUUGCUGCUGUGAUGAUCAUGAACAUGUUGAUCGCCCUUUUAUCAAAUAUUUAUCAGUUGGUAGAGGAGAAUGCAUACGAUGAGUGGUGUUAUAGAAAGGCUUGUCUGAUCAAGACAUACUACAACUACCACCCGGUACCAGUCCCUUUCAACAUCAUUACACUCUCCAUCAAGCUGAUUUAUAUGAUUUUUUCAAAACUAAAUCCAAAACGGUUUAAACCUUGUCAAGAAAAACGGAAAGAUGAACAAGAGAGCAUCAAACAAGAAUUGACUAGAGUUGCCAAGUUCCUAAAUGCGGAUUAUCUGGCUGAGUUUGGGAAUUUUCUUCCUCUACAAGAAUCGCCAGAAGAAAAGAUAUUAAAAAGGAAUCAACGAUUACUGAGGCAAAUUGUCAGAGAAGUUUAUUCAGAGGAAACUAAAUUAAACGAAAGAUGUGAUUGGGAAAUCGUUAACAAGGCACGAACUGUUUUGAUGGAAAAUCAGAGAAUGUACAUCCUCAAAUGUGAUAACUGUGAUAAAGCUGAGAAUAUACAAAAACAAUGCAUUCAUUCAGUUCGUUAUAAGCAUAAAUUGUCGGAGGAGACUCCUGGCUUCGAGGUUCUCAUUGAAUUUGCUGGCACAAAACGUAGAUUUGGAAUAGGACUAACCAGCAAGUGGUAUGGAAAUCGUUACCCAGGAUGGAGAGAAGACAGCGUUGGAUACCACGCCGAUACCGGUAGAAUCCAUGACAAGGAGAGUCACCAAUUUGGAAGACAGCUCGGUGCUUCCAUUCAAGCAAUUGACCCUUUCCCAUACACUGGUGACAUGAUCGGCUGCAACGUAAAGUUUGACGAUAAAAAGGACGAUGAGUAUUUAGUACAAUUCACCCGUAACAGACGACUGGUUGGAGAAGCUCGGGCAAAACCCGACAACCUCUUUCCUUUUGUGACGAUGGCUUAUCCAGAGAUCAAGCUGUUAUUCAGGUUUGUGAAAAAAGGCGAAUCAGGGUUCAAGAACAACACUGAAUUGUCAAACCAAAAUGAGGUGGAUCGUUUGAGCAAGGAAAUAGGAGUAAUUAAAGAAAUCUGUCUGCGUCAAAAUGAGAAAAUGGAACAAUUGCUUAUGCACGUCUAUCGUAGUAUGCCAUCGGAUGAAAAACAGUGGAACGAAACUGCAAUGGUUUAAGAAAACUUUUAAUCAUCUAUGCAGUGCUAUAUGCGCGUGCGUCAAACUGGUUUACCGCCCACCGUAUUUGGAUAUGUUUAAGGAGUUCCUCAAAGUAAUUGGUACAUAGACUACUAGUCAUACACUUCGUAAUGAAUUAAAGGGAACACUUAAUUGGCUCGAAAUUUCAAUAAUAUCAGGUAAUCAAGAUAAAACAAAUAAAGAAACAUACUAGACUAAGCUUAUAACUACAGUGCAUGUGUAUAUUACAUCGCAUUUUCAACUGAUUUUAAAUUUCUAGUGACACUUGGGCUUGGGUCCAGACAAAACAAAUGCACUAUGCCUAUGGAAUAGCCCGGCCGUUUUGUAGUACGAAUGGUUCAUGAUGUGCAGCAGAUAAGCUGUUCACUGAAGACGUUGUGUAAAACGUGUGGAUUUUAUAGGGAAAUAUAUCAGCUUUUUUACUUAAAAGUACAACUCUUACAAUAGAGCUGUCAAUUUAAUAACACCCACAAAUUAAAAUUUAAUAACAAUUCACGCAAAAUGUAAUAAAAAUCGACACAAAAUAAACUCGUUAAAACAAA